UUCUGAAUACGGGCCUUAAUCUUUUUACGUAUGUAGUCAAUACGACGCUAAACAAACGUUUUUAAAUCGCGAGAUUUAAAAGGAAGGGAACGUCUGUUAAUGAUAAAAUAAGAAUGGAACAAAAUAAAAUUUUAAUUUAUUAAAAGAACAGACAGAUUUAUAACAUAAUCUAAACAGAGGAAUGUCUACAACACAAAUAAUAUAAAUAAAAUAGAUUGCGACUCAAAUGUUCUCUAGUAGAGCAAGAUUAAUAAAACGCACAGGAAAGAAUCCCACUGGACGUUAUGACUUUUUAAAGCUUUUAGUCACUGAAUAUACAACAACAUCGUCUAAAGACGCACAAGAGCAAGUACUGGCAAAUUUGGCGAAUUUUGCCUAUGAUCCUGUAAACUAUGGAUAUAUGAGACAGCUAAAAGUAAUUGAUAUAUUUCUUAAUGCUUUAUCUCAAAGUAAUUCAAAGUUAGUGCGUUUUGGUAUUAGUGGUCUCUGCAAUUUAUGUUUAGAUGGAAUAAAUAAGUUAUAUAUCCUGCGCAAUCAAGGUGUUGAGUUAAUAUCAUCGUUACUUGCUUCUGAAGAUGAAGAUAUUUUGCUUGGAGUGAUUACUACCUUGAUGUUUUUGGUAACACCUGAAUCAGUAGACGAGAUAACAUCGCCUAGAAUAAUUAAACGCCACUCUGUAAAGACUACCAAAAUACGAUCAUUUGCUGAUACAACGAUAAACAAUUUGAGAGAAGGAGAUCAAGUGUCGGUUCUGAAAAUAAUAACAAAUGACGAUAUACUCAAAUUUGCUGAAUUAACAGGCGAUCAUAAUCCAAUUCACACUGAAUCAGCAAGAAAUAUUGCGCACGGUGCUUUACUCAAUGGCUUAGUGUCAGGUUUAAUUGGCACAAAAUUACCUGGUGCAGGUACUAUAGUUAUCGAACAAAAUAUUACUUUUCCUAAACCGUGUUAUGCUGGCGAUACUGUAGAAGUUAUAGUUAAAAUUACAUCAAUCAAAAUGUAUUUAACAUUAGUGAUGAUGACUCUUUGCAUAUCGUAUUCUUAUGCAGAAAAUAAUAGCACUGUUACAAAUAUUAAAUCAUCAAAUAUAAAAGAACAGCCAACUGGCUGCGUCUGCGCCGUGUUUUUAAGCGGACAAUUUAAAAAGGGUAGCAAGGAACAACCCAAAGGAUAUCCUGCACUUGUCCACGAAUAUCCUGAUUCAAUUCCAUGCACUGCUAUGGGAAAUAAACUUUGUAUCAGCAAAUGUCUUGAUGUCAUAGUGAAACAUUUACCAAACGGUCAAGCAGUUCUAUGUGCCUCUAUCGAUCGUGAUUGUUACAAGGAAAGAGCUUAUCUUUUCAUCAAGAAUUGCAAAGAUGAAUGGAUAAACACGAAUCUAUCGGCCGGUAGAGAAUAUUGUUGCAAAGAUGGCAUGCCAUAUAAAUGUUAA